GGAUAUCAGCGCCGCAGCUGCCGACCGCGAGUGUUAGAUUAAUGCGUGCACCGCGUGCGAUGGAGAAGCCAUGACGCAUCCGUCGCAUCAGACCAACGGCGCCAGCCUGGAGGACUGCCACACGAAUUUCUUUGCACUGACAUCCCUUUGCGGUAUCAAAUGGAGGAAGCUCGUAUGGGGCGAAGUGGCCGGUGGAUUCGGUGGCACUCCUCUAGAAGAUCCAGUACUGUCGAGUUUCUCGCGAUGUUUAGCUGGUGACAUUCUGUGCGUGUGGCGACGCGUGGCCGCCACACCGACCACCUCCGGUUCUGCAGCAGCUGCCAGUGCCGCAGCAUCGGCGCCCGGAGCUGGAAUUUUCGAUCUGGGCAUCGCGCCCUCGCCCGCGCCCCCGCCGCUUUCCCUUACGGCCGCGAAGGAACUUUGGAUCUUCUGGUACGGCGAAGAACCUGAUCUCUCUGGCUUGGUAUCACCGGAGCUCAUCGCCUGCGAAAGUGAACAAGGUUCUUGGGAAAGCGGAUUGUCGUACGAAUGCCGGUCACUUCUUUUCAAGGCUCUGCAUAACUUGAUCGAACGGUGUUUGCUAUCCCGUGACUUCGUUCGUUUAGGAAAGUGGUUCGUGCAACCUUAUAAUGGCUACGAGAAACACCGUUGUAGUAGCAGCCAUUUGUCAUUCUCCUUUGCAUUCUUUGUUCAUGGAGAAAGUACUGUUUGCGCGAGUGUGGAUGUUAGGCAGCAUCCUGCAGUGCGACAUCUUACAAAGACGUGUCUACAACGUACCCAGACCUCCCAAUCUGGUGUUAAGGUGAUCUUAGCUCCUUACGGACUGGCGGGUACGUUAACGGGUCAGGUGAGCCGUAUGGACAGUCAACUUCUCGAAGAAUGGAAACACUUUUAUCCGAUUAAUACCGGUAGUAAUCCAGAGACUGGGCUUCCGCCCCUCGUGGAGGUCCUCGUCGGUGGCGUGCGCAUGCGUUAUCCUUCUUGUUACGUCUUGGUUACGGAUAUGGAUGAUACGCCACCCGAAACACCUCUCUCGCCGCCAAGUAGCCCCGUCACUUGCGAACGACCCCUCUUGACGCAACAGGAAAUAAGCGCAGCUACCGAAUUACCGGAACGCGUUUGGGCAGAAUGUACUUUGAGUUCACCAGUGUCUGCUUCCAAGACAGAAUCUUCCACGGAACCUGGAACCUGGACGUUUGUGGAACCGACGCAGAAGUCUUCCUGUACCUGUUCAUGUUCAAAGUAUACGACCCUCGGGGGUUGGAAGAGCCUGGCCUCCUCUCAGGUUCAGAGGGAAAGGGUAGAUAAAGGUGGACGGAGGGUCGUACCGUUUCACCGACGCUCUACCACUCAGUGGGACACUUGUCCCUCUGUCCCUGCUAAUGCCCCCAGGUCGGUACUAAGUAGAACAGAAGCACCCAGUACACCACCGGGUGGUCCUCCUUCGUACUCGCGCGGACCACCGACAGGAGGAGAUUGUCUACCAAUACCGUCGGUCGGCUCACCAGGUUCUCCAGCACCAUCGCCCCUCUUAACUCCUCACUCCGAACCAGCGUCGGUCCCGCCCGCGGAGCCUACGAUGCCAACUUUGAGCCCGCAACCUCCAUCCAGUCAUACAAACACUGCCCCACCCUUAACCCCGUCACAAGGGCCCAAGUCUAUUUCUUCCGCGUGCAACAACCAGGUGCACAGUCCAUCGGUUCCCGGACCAGUACUGAAACGACCGAUUCUGACAUCCAGGGAAUAUGAAGGUGCUCUCUUGGAGGAUGAGCAAUCCCUGUCCUGGCUCUAUGAUUAUUCAACUCAGGAGGCAUGGCUGAAUCAUCCUGUGAAACGUUUUAAAGUCGUGAACACCAUUGGCCCACCAACUAACCGAAGCAACACUCUGUACCCACCAAUAAUAAACUCUCAAACGCACCAAUCUCAAGCUCCAAAACUGGAGAUCAAGCAAGAACCUGUUGCGGUUGGCGAAUGUAUCGGAAGAAGGACGGAUCCAUAUGAAUUUGACGCGACAGGCGAGGAAAACGGUACAAAUGUCGACGGACUCAGGCGGCAGAGAGAUGAUCCAUCUAAACCGGGAUCUCUCUUCACUAGCGAGGGUCUUCAGCCAUCCUACAAAGAUCUAGAUCAAAUAUUCGACAAUUCUGAUCCCGAUACUUCCAGCGAUGAAACGAAUUUGAAUCAGUUGCAAAUACAAACACCGCCAGGCUCCAAUAAAUCUGGCGGAUUACACGAGGAAACGAGAAUAGAAGGCGCGAGCAAAAACAAUCGUGGAGUCACGGUUUUGCGACCGGAGGAACUUUCCAAGAUGUUUCCUACUCCACCAUCCCUCGAGCAUAAUCCGGUCGCCUCGCCUUGCCAAUUGAGCGACCCUCUCAUGGACCAGACUGAGCUUGUAAUGCCGGUGCGGCCACUCAGACAUCUACCAGACAUCUAUCCCAACAUGGGAUCUCCACAAGAGGAACCGAUCGACGAUUGGUCAUACGUGUUCAAGCCGGCAGCUAUCUGCAAGAUGGUCGGUUCUUCCAAAUACGCACCUCUCACAAAUCUGCCUAGCCAAUCUCUGCCAUCCAUCACACUGCCAUCGCACUGCGUAUACAGACCUUCCUGGCAGUGCAAUUCUGCUUCCACUAAUCAGGCAGAUAAGCCUGUUCAACCGACCAGACCCGGGUCCGUGCAACAACAACAGCAGCAGCAGCAGCAGCAGCAACAACAGCAGCAGCAACAACAACAGCAGCAGCAGCAACAACAACAGCCAGCUUGUCCGCCAAGUCCAGCACCACCGUAUCGCACCGCCACGCUCACCGGUAGGCCGCCACCACCUCCGUAUGACCAACCGAGCCCAGCUACCUCCACCACCUCUUCGUAUCUUAACAAGAAUCUUAAUAGCAUUGAGGCUGACACUCCGGGACCCGCUCGUGCACCCGAGUCAAAUUCCCUCGUAGUAAAUAUCCUCCUAGGCGAUACGGCGCUCAACAUUUUCCGCGAUCACAAUUUCGACAGUUGCAGUUUGUGCGUGUGCAAUGCCGGGCCGAAAGUGGUCGGCAACAUCAAGGGCGCCGAUGCGGGUGUUUAUUUAACCAACUCGUGGGCAGGUUCGGCGCUCUUCCAGGACGACGAUCCAAUCAGGUGCAGUUGCGGGUUCAGUGCCGUAGUGAAUCGCCGGCUCGCGCAUCGGGCAGGCUUGUUCUACGAAGAUGAGAUGGAGAUCACGGGCGUCGCCGAAGAUCCAGCCGAGAAGAAGAAGGGCUCGCUCGCCGCGGUUGCGUGUCCCGGCACGAAAGCGGUCCCGGACGGUCUUGAUGCGAUACCACCGAACGUCCUCGAGUUACUUCGCGAGCAAUGUCUCAUCGUGCAGAGCGCGGCUAGUAGUCUGUACCGAGCAGCCAGGAUAUGCGCCACUACAAAGAGCUAUCCGACGUUGACGCCUACAGUUAACACCUUAGAGUUCACCGAUGGCAACGAAGUGUGUGUUGCGGCACUCGAUCAAGGCAAGCUCGAUGGGGCACACGAGAGAGGUGCGCGCGUUAACGGCGUGCAUCGAUGGGUAUUCCUUAGGGCUCGGGGACCCCAGUGUAGCGGUGAUAUCGUGCGAAUGAUGAGGUCGCUACAACCACUGCUCCAGGACGCGGUGCAGAAGAAGUGUACGACGCGCAUGUGGGAGGCACCAUACACUGUCGCUGGCCCGCUCACGUGGCGGCAAUUCCAUCGUCUGGCCGGACGCGGCACCGACGAUCGCUGUGAGCCGCAACCGAUUCCUGCUCUAGUCGUCGGAUACGACCGUGAUUGGCUGUCGCUGUCGCCGUACGCGGUCUGCUUCUGGGAAAAACUAUCGUUGGAGCCAUUCGCCGGACCUAGGGACGUCGCAUACGUGGUCGUCGCGCCCGAUAGCGAUUGUAUCGUCAAUAGAGUCAAAUCGUUCUUCCGGGAACUCUCUUGCACGUAUGAGAUCUGUCGAUUAGGAAGACACGCGCCAAUCUCGAAACAGUUACGCGAUGGGAUCCUACGUGUCGGUAAAUCAACUGCGCAGAAACCUGCAGUGAAACAGUCAACGGAUGAUUGGUUUAAGCUUCUGGGGGAGAAUCAUAUAGGUGAAUUGUUAAGGCUGUACGCCCAAGUAUGUAAUCAUCGGUUAGCUCCGUAUUUGACACAAGUUAUACAAGACCGCAGUCUGCUAGACUCCAACGAGUCGCAACCACCCAACAAGCAACAGCAACAAUCUACUAUUCCCGUUUCCGAUACCAUGCCAGCUACGCCCGAUGUACUAACGACAAAACCCGAGUCUGUCGAAGCGGAAAACCCGAGGAGCGAGACACCCUCCUCGAGCACAACGACGAGUCAGACUACUACCAAUACAAGCGGUAACACGACGCCAACCUCGCAAACCACGAGCACUACGACGCCGAUUACUACGACUACCGGUCCUGAUGAAGAAGAAAUUGAACCUCCCGCGAUUGUUGUUUACUUUGUUGAGCCUUUCUCAUUAGGUGGUACUGAGGACCCCGAUCGGCGAAGACUCGCCAUUUUGGGUUUACUGAGGAUCUAUUCCUCCGCGAUCAAUAACAUGCCUGAGAAUAUGAGAUCGAAUAUUCAUGUUCAGAUAAUAUCACUGGAGAGUAUAAUGGAACUGGGACGAGCUCGCGAGAGGCGAAAAAUUCAAGACGAGAUGAGAGCCUUGGCAUUGAAUGUUUUCUUACAAGGCCGUCGAUUGUUAAAUCAUAAUUCCACGGUGAAGAGUCUGACGGGUUUCGGUACCGCCGCUGCUGCGGAUCUCUUUCUCAAGAGUAAAGAUUCGUUUAGUAAUACUCUUGCAACUAUACAUCAGGAACGGAACAAGGCACCCUACCAGCUCUACGCACCGGCCUUCGUGCUAGCUCCACUUCGAGCAAAAAGCGAGGCUCCCGAAUCGUUUGGUAUGGCGAGGCCCGAGGAGUGCGCGGUGCUCUACUUGAGUUACUGCUUGAGCGAGGAUCAGUCUUGGCUACUGGCGGCUGCGACCGACGACAGGGGGGAAAUUUUCGAGACCGCAACUAUUAACAUCGACAUACCCAACAGGAAAAGAAGAAAGCGCGCCUCGGCUAGACGCAUUGGUCUUCAAAAACUUAUGGACUUUAUAUUGGGCGUGAUGUCUCAAGGUGUGCAGCCAUGGAGAUUAGUUGUAGGCCGAGUAGGACGCAUUGGGCAUGGCGAAUUGAAAGGCUGGAGCUGGUUACUUUCUAGAAAGGCUCUCCUGAAGGCCUCGAAACAUUUAAAAGAAAUAUGCGGACAGUGCAGUCUCCUGUAUCCCUCGGCGGCACCUUGCGUACUCAGUGCAUGUUUAGUGUCCCUCGAACCGGAUUCCACUUUAAGAUUGAUGGCCGAUCAAUUCACUCCCGACGAGAGAUUCAGUCAAGCGUCUGUAAACUGCCAAUUAUCCACACCUCAAGAUGUUACGUGUACCCACAUACUUGUUUUCCCCACUUCCGCUACCACUCAGUCAUCGCAGACAGCGUUUCAAGAACAACAUAAUGUACCCGAGUUGGGAGACGAUGAAUUAUUUUCCGCUCUAAACGACGACAUGCCGGAAGGUAUGGAGGCAAUGGGAGAUUUCAACGAUAUAUUCAAUGUUUGGCCCGAGCCAGGCGCAGGUGGCGGACAGAGUCCAAGCGGAAGCCCGCAUCGCCCGGAAGGAUCACCGCACGGAGGGGAUGGCGGUGGAUCAGGCCUAGGCAAUCACGACGGUCCUGGUAGUCCCUUUCCAUGCAGCAACACACCAAGAACAGCAAUAGCCGAACAGGCGGAAGAAGUUGGCACGCUUUUGCAACAACCGCUCGCUCUUGGUUAUCUGGUAUCAACUGCACCAACCGGACGAAUGCCACCGUGGUUUUGGGCGGCUUGUCCUCAUCUCGAGAACGCUUGUCCAGUUUUCCUGAAGAACGCGUUGCACUUGCACAGUCCCGCGAUACAGCAAAACAGUGACGACUUACUUCAGCAACAAAGCGCACCCACUGCUCAUCCGUUGGAUUCGCAGUAUACCACUGAUGUGCUCAGGUAUGUUCUGGAGGGGUACAACGCAUUGUCGUGGCUCGCGUUGGAUGCGAACACCAAGGAUCGGCUGUCCUGCUUACCAGUGCACGUACAGGCACUCAUGCAUCUCUACCAUGCGACGGCGGCUCUCGUCUGACCCACACCCUCUCCCUUUGUAGUGCAGUAUGUGCACCUCUCUCACGCACUCCUUAUCAUACCCUCACUCGGGGCUUUACGAGAGCAACUGAUUUCCUAUGCCCUUUACCUAUAUUAGUUAGGUACUUAGAAAAACAGAGAGAAAGAGAGAGCGAGCGAGAGAACAUGAGAUUGUGAGAUUGUGAGAUUGUCUAGAUACAAAGUACGGUCGUUCUCAAUCAUAUAUGAAGAGAACCAAAUCUUUUUUACUUGGAAUAUAACUAACUACACACGAUAAUCCAAUAAAUAUAUGAAUAGAAACUACAGGACCCAAUAGAAAAAAAAACACAGUUACGCUCUUUGUCACUUUUCUAUUGUAUCUAUCAGACGAAAUAGAUUGUACUUUGUGUUUAUGAUCGUAUCUCGUAUACCAUAAGGAGAUCAAUCGCGCACGACGCAUGAUCCAGUAUGACCAUUCUUAGCAAGAGCAGAUGUGAAACUUAACAUAUAGCAGAAGCGAAUGUAUUACAUAGGUAUACAUUACAAUAGAUACAAGAGUACGAGCAAUGAAAGACACUGUAAGAGAGAGAAGGAAUGAAAGGAGAGCACAUGGACUAGAAUAGAAGAAAAGGCGAGCGAGAGAGAGA